AUGUUCUCUGGAUCAACACAGUAUCUUGAGAUCUACUGUCCCUCUCCCACAACCGUUUCCUUCACCGUUGAGACCCGUCAGAGGUCCAACUCGAAACAAAAGCUACUGACAGCUGUACGCUACGGCAGUCGCUUUUUGCUCGUUCUCUAUGCGUUGCUAGUCAACGUGGCCAAGGCACAGAGUCUGAUCUCACCGGGAUCUGCGGCUGAGCGUUACGCAAAUUUCCUUGUGAAAUUGACGUUGAUUGGUCCGGUCAUCAGGAUUCUUGCUGAAAGCGCCGAAUGGUGGGUAUUGGGACCACUCAGCCUUGUCAUCCUCUACGCGUGUUUGAAAAGAGACCAUACCAAGGAAUCUCUGCUGGUGCUGCAAGGGCUAGGAAUUCAGACAUCGACCAGCUCACCUUACUUUUUUCUGCCGCCGACGACGACGUUUAUUCCAACAAGUCAAGUUCAGGAUAUCGUGAUCCAUGAGGCCUUCAUAGGGCUGGAGGUGAGGUUCUACCUGGCCGUUAUUGUGGAAAACGCCACUGAGGUUGUCGUUGUCUUCCCAACAGUCCUUCCACGACGAGAUAUACUUGAAGAAGUGUGGAGAGGCGCUCGCAAGUGUUUAUACGCGGGCAUACGGUAG